AUGGACACUGCCUCGUCUGAGCCUGCAACAGUGGCCUCUAGUGUCCCGCAGUUUACCCUCAAUGACCUCUAUGAACGGUUAGGUGAUAUACUAAGCAAAGAUAUCACGGGUAUAGUCUACUCUCUCAAGGACUAUCCGAGUCUCGUUGUAAAGGUCGCCCCACUAGGUUGCCUGGAAAAGGAUAACACAGACGCUGUCCGACUCGAGCUGGCUGCCCUCCCCGAGCUCUCCCACCCAGGGGUUCUCAGGUAUCAUCAAGUGAUCGAGCACAUGAAUUUCGUCUACUUUAUCACAGACCGUUACAACAAGACUCUCGGACGUCUUCUCAUUGAGCAUAUGCAAAUGAAGAGUCCUGUGCCCACCAGAGUGAUCCUCUCAGCUAUAAGACAGAUCGCUACCGCCCUUGCCUACCUUCACAGUGUCAAAAGGGCAGAUGCUGAGGGGCUUGUUCACCGCGAUCUUAGGUCUACCAAUAUCUCCAUCAGUGCAGACGGUGAGCACUUCAUCAUCGCCGGCCUCGAACUCUGCAGGAACAUCUUGUGGAGUGGAAGCACUCUUAUAGGAAUAGGGGCACACACGGCCCCCGAGGUGCUCCUCCACAACGAGCCCAGCCCCGCCUCCGACGUGUGGAGCCUCGGGGUCAUCAUUUAUGAACUAGUAACUCUAAGGAUGCUGGACUUCCUGGAGGACAGGGAGCCAGAGGAUGUCUUCGUUGAUGGGUGGAGGCCAGACCUGAGCGGUGUCACUGAUGGCUUCAUGCAGAAUGUUCUGGAGAGGAUAUUCGUGCUGGAUCCUGGGAGGAGGCCGACGGCCAGGGAGCUGCAUGAGAUGCUCGACACAGCAGAUAUUUCGGAUAACGAGCCGGAACCUUGGCAAGUGGCGCUGGAAAGUAAGCAUGGUUCCUCGAAGAUCACUGCGAGUAAUACUCAUGCCAAGAUCGCGCUUUUGGAGGAGGAGGUCAAAACUAAGUUGAACGAGAUUGCUACUCUUAAGGCAACCCUUGAGAACAGGCCAAGUGAAGUCGACGCCCUGGGACAGGAGCCCAGAAUUAAGUUAACUAGGAUCGACAUGCUUGAAGAUCAAUGUAGAGAGUACCUAGCCAUGAUAAAAGUACUAGACAGUAGAAUUACACAGAUUAGCAUUGCGCUAGGUCUAUCCAAUUCUCAAUUCAGCCUCUUCUUGCUACCCAGAUUUAUACGCGCCGCACGCACGAAUGAAACAGAGACCGUCCGAAUGCUGGUCAAUGAGGGAGUCUACAUCGGUCAGCGUGACGAGAAAAAGAUGACGGCUCUUAUGCAUGCGGCCCAGCAGGGGCACACUGGUCCCAUUGAAUUGCUUGUUAAAGAAGAGAGGGGCCUCCAGGACAAGAACGGCUGGACUGCGCUCAUGCACGCCGCACACUGCAACCACCCUGAAGCAGUCGAGAUUCUCGCCCCUUACGAACGUGGGAGAAGAAACAAGAACAGUCGAACUGCUCUAAUGGUCGCUGCAGAGAAUGGCAGUGCAGAAGCUGCUUCCAUUUUGGGCCCGUACGAGGAUAACCUAAUCGACAGUGAAGGCAACACGGCUCUGAUGAUUGCUGAGAAAGCAGGACACAAACUUGUUGCAGAGAUUCUCAGUCCGGAUGAAGUGGAUGGGUGUACAGCGCUUAUGCAAGCAGCGAAAUGUGGUCGCAUAGAUGCGGUAAAACUCCUAAUAAAAAACAAAAGCCGUGCACAAAACAUACUUGGAACAACUGCUCUCAUGGAAGCAGCGUCCUGGGGCCAUUCAGAAAUUGUGAAACUGCUAAUUGAUCAUGAAGGAGGCAUGCAGGACAUCUUUGGAGCGACUGCUCUCAUAACUGCAAUACGUAAUAAUCAACUGGAAUGUGCUAAACUUUUAGUAGAGAGGGAAAGGGAUAUAAAAGAUAAGUAUGAUAAGACUGCCCUUGAUAUAGCUAAGGCUAUGGUCUAUCCUGAGAUGGUGUCUCUCCUUAGCAGUAGUGUAUCUAGCACCGGCGGCCACAAUGACUCUUAG